AUGGAAGACGUACAGAUCAUCGCAGCAGGAUCUUUCGACACGAGCGGCAACGAGAAGCACUCCAUACUGGUGAUUGGCUGGGUCCUUGACGCACCGUUGGACCCUCUCAUACUUGAGCACGCGUGGGCGAAGUUGAACUCGGACUGGCCGAUUCUCUCGGCGCGGCUGAGGAACAAUGGCAAGGAAUGGGAGUUUCACGUCCCGAAAUCGGCCAACCGAUACGGGUUCAGACACUUGGCGGUGAACGCACCGAUCGCCUCUCGAUACGAUUAUCCCAAGAUAUCUGCAGACAGCAUCCAAUGCACCAUCAAGCACUUCCCCUACGAUUUAUAUUCCGACCCGGCAUGUCGCUCGAUGAACGAUCUGUUCACCAAAGACAUUCCGAACGCGGCAUUACAGCUCACGAACUUCGAAGACGCCAGCAUUGUCGGCCUGACUAUCCCUCACGUCCUCGCAGAUGGCCAUGGAGUCAAAGUGGUCUUGAACGCGCUUCUCCAGACUCUGCAUGGAGAGGAGGUGGCUCCCAUUGAUCCUAUCCCAGAACCCUUCGCGAAGUUCAAGGACGUGCCUCAACCUCCCGCGGUUGUGGGCUGGAGGUUGUUCAACUUCUUCCAGAUGCUGACUUUUGUGGCAUGCAUGCUGUGGGACCGGAUCCGCUACCCGAAGUACGAGGUCCGGGAACUGUACGUACCGCAAAAGGAAGUUGAGCGUAUCAAACAGCAAGCCAUGGACGACAUUAGGAAUGAACUAGGGGAGCAAACGGGAGAAUGGGUUAGCACUAGCGAUGCAUUAGUCGCCUUCACGUUGAAGGGCAUGUACCCGUCGGAAACUUCUCAGAGAUCAUUCAGUCUGAUGUACUCGGCCAACAUCCGCAGUCAAGUGCCGUCACUUGUCCCGCCUGUAUACCUCGGAAAUGCAGCCUACGGGGUCGUUCUAUCACGACCAGUCAAAGAGAUAUCAUCUAUGUCUCUGGGAGCGCUCGCGCUCCUCGUUCGUCGAAUUCUACAGGAGCAGACAUCGCAGGCGGCGACAGAAGACUAUCUUCGCUGGCGUCUUUCUCCCAUCAACUUCCGCAAGAUGACUAUGUUCAUGGAACCGAGCGGGCUUUGGAACGUGAUCACCAAUUGGCGGAACAUGAAGCUCAUGGACGUCGACUUCACUCCCGCCUUGCCGUCCGGGUCGGAGGUGAAAUCGGUCAAUUGCGUGUACCUUGGCUCCGGGUCGCACAUGACCUUCCCCACACGACAUUGCUUUGGACUUACAGCGGACGAUCCUCGGGGUGGUGUAUGGAUGAGUGGGGAUCUUGCCAAGGAGAUGUGGGAGCGUAAAGACGGGUUCGGUCGCUUCGCUCCCAGUAAUUCUCAGUAG